UAUGAUCGGAGGCUAGGAUAGUGAGUCAGUCGAGAGGCUAAAGUAAAGUCGCCGGUAAUAUUUGGAACAUUCGUAAAAUAUGUCUGAUCUGGGCCUACAGAUAACUGAAGAGGAGGCUGAGUUGUAUGAUAGGCAGAUUCGCCUGUGGGGCCUCGACGCCCAAAAGAGGUUGAGAGCUAGUAAUCUUCUCUUGGUAGGCCUUGGUGGUCUAGGUGCUGAGGUCUGCAAAAACAUUGUAUUGGCUGGAAUAAAGGCUAUCACUUUGAUGGACUCAGAAUGUGUGACAAGGGAUGAUUCUAGUUCCCAAUUCUUGGCUGCUAGGGAAGACAUCGGCAAAAAUAGAGCUACAGCUUCAGUACAGCGAGCACAGAACCUGAAUCCCAAUGUGGUUGUCACCUCUGAUGAAGGGAAUGUAUGUGACAAACCUGAAGACUUCUUCAAGCAAUUUGACAUUGUAUGUGUGACCUGCUGUAGUGUCCAAACCAUGAUGCAUGUUAAUCAAAUAUGUCAUGAGGCUGGUAUCAAGUUCUUUGCUGGAGAUAUUUAUGGUUUCUAUGGCUUCUCAUUUACAGACCUCAAUGAACACAGUUAUGUUGAAGAAAAACCCAAGAAAGUAAAAGGAAGCAGUGCAACAGACAGUGAAUCUAAGAAAUUGAAGGCUGAUCCAACAGAGACUGUAUUCGUUAAGAAAACAAAAACCUUUCAUCGACUGAAGGAAUGUUUUGAUAAAGAUUGGUCAACUUUAACAGAAAAACAACUCAAGAGGUCUCCAUAUGUAUUCUUCAUUCUAAGAGUGCUUUUCAAAUUCCAUGAUGAGUUUGGUCGGAAGCCCAAGGCAGAGAGCUUAGAGAACGACGGAACAGAACUUGAAAGACUACAUAAUGAAGUUUUUACUGAGCUGGGACUAAAGACUGAUCUAAUUGACAGCAAUUAUACACAAUACUGUACAGGAGAACUAGGACCAACAUGUGCUAUUGUCGGUGGAAUCAUGGGACAGGAAAUAAUCAAGGCUGCGUCUGGUCGAGAUGCCCCACUGGACAACUUCUUUCUGUAUGAUGGAGUAGACAGCCUUGGAAUGGUGGACUGUAUUAUAAGAUCAUGAAUGAAUAUGACUUUUGUCCUUUCAAUGUAACUCUUCGAGAGAUGUUGAAUCCUUAAAUACACAGCCUUGGAAAUAUGGAGUAUAAUGCGAUGUCAUGAAAGAUUACAAUUAGUGCCCUGUAUGGAGAUCCUUUACAUUCCAGCUUUGUAUGGUAUUUAGAAGAUGGCGUUAGAGACUGGACUUAACUUUGAGUUUUAUGGAUAUGAUGUUUUAACAAAAUAUGGAAGCUCCAUUAAAAACAUUUUAUUUUGAAGAUAGAGAAAUAUGAUAAAGGAUAAUGGACUCUAAUGCCAUGACAGGUCAUGGCAGGUCAUGGCAUCACCUCUUAAAAUACCUCAAUUGAAAAUAAAUAAUUGUGUGUUAAUAAUGGUGAAAGUGGAGAUAAUAUUAAUGAUAGUUUAUUACAUUUUAAUAUGAUAUUACAGCUUCGUGUAAAACUUUAUUGUAGAGAUCUGUUAAAGUGAAGGGGUACCGUACAAUGACAACAAAAAGAGAAGAACAAGUUCAUUCCAGUUGAAGUUUAUUUAUCAGAUCUCUUCAAAAAGAUUGAUAUAUCAGCGUUCCCUUGAAUGUCAAAAGAUAAAUCUUUAUAAAUAUAGGAAAUGUCUUUUUUUGAAGGCUGGGCAAGCCACAGUAUGGAAACCAACUAGAAGGCGCACAUCCUUACUGAACGAAGAACGAAAAUCAAACUGACCAGGCCCUGUGAGACUCAGUGCUCACUGGCCUUCGAGACGCUAGCCCUUCUCAUACAGCGUCAAGUACUGUACCUCAAAUACUAUCUAAUCACAAAGGCCAUUACAGCCAUAACCAAUUUAAGUGCGACGCUAGUUGCCUAACCUAAAAUGGCCAAUCUCAUAGUCAGUUUCAUAUGACCAAUCAGAAAACAACUCUACUAGAGUGCGUCCAAUCAGAGCUAUUGUAUAAAACAGAAAGAAAGAAUGGUGGAAGCACUGGGAAUAGCUAAUUAGCUAAUGGAUAGUUUCAGGAUACUCAGGUGUACAUUUCCAUUAACACAAAAGGGGUCUGCAUGGUCCCUUCUCAACAUUUUAGAGGAAACACAGUAGCAUUUAACACAUGAAAGGGAUUUGAUAUCCAGGGACAUUUUAGAGGAAACACAGUAGCAUGUAACAUGUGAAAGGGAAUUGAUAUCCAGGGACAGCUAUUCUAUUGUUCUGUAUACAAUUUUUUUUUAACAAGUGCACACCUAGUUACCAAUAAUGCAUAUAUCAUUUCCAUUUAUUUGAAAGCAGGAUAAAAGAGAAUUGUUGAUUAAAUGCUUUGCUCACGGGCAUAGGUGCUGAGGCCGGGGAUUGAACCCCAGACUUUCCAUAUAUAGCCAGGCGCCUUAGACCACUCGGCCACGGCACCUCCACAAAGAUUAAACAUAAACUGGCAAAGCGCCCUCCUAAAAUCGAUUUGGCUCAGUGUGACAAAAUGUGUACCACUUCAAAAGGAUGGACUAUAAUGUCAUUACAGGUUGUGACUUCACAUAUAUUAGAAUAUGACACACCUUAAAUGCUUAAAUGUAUGUUAAUAAUGGUGGAAUGUGAGGUUCUUGACACGAAUGUUGGCUCGUGAAUCACAACGUUAGUAUUAUAACAUUAUGAAACGUAAGCACGAUUGAAAUUUUCCACCGAGGCAUGGUGUCUUUAAAAGAUGAUUUAGAAAUAGAUUUUAAAAGUGCUGUACUUGUAGAGGUGAUGACCGGUUCUUCGAUGUCAUGAAUAAAGCAUUAUGGAUAGGGCUAUAUGGUAGUGCAUAAUAUUGUCACAGACUUUGUUAUUUUAUAAAGAGGUAUAAUGUUGGUAUCCUCAUUGCAUUGUCAAACAUUGUACACAUAUAAGUAGAUCUAAGAUACUGUGCAAUGCUUUAUCUCUUCAACCUUUGGUAUAAAAUCUCAUUAUGCCCAGGUUCACACUAGACAAGCACAAGAAUGGGAAAAAGUGGUUAAUUGAUGAAAAAGAAUAUGCUCCUUUUCCCUUCUACGUCAAGUCCAUUUGUAUGUUACAAAAUCAGUUAUUUAGUUCUGCCGAAUAUUGCUUGUAUGUUAUUCUUGCAACAAAAUCAGCUCAAAUGAAUGACUUCUCAAGUUUCGAUCCCAGAUAAUAGGAAACAAUUUGUGUAAGUAUUGCAGGAUCUGGCUACCUUGAGGAUAGUGAUUGGUCCAUGUUUUCAUGAGGAAUGUAUAUAUCAUGCAACAAUUUAAUGUGCUUGUUUUCUAAUAAAGGGUUAAGUAUCACCUUUCUUUUUUAAA